AUGGUUAACAAGCCCAUGCGAACCGAAGCAGAAACCGCUGCAACCGAUGAUCCAUCGGUUGCUGAAGCGACUCAGCCUGUAUCACUUGGUGAUGCAGGAGCUGGUCAUGAAGACACUCAUGUCUUCACAGAGUAUGAGCUCGGUGUCUCAUACUCUCCUGAUACGGAAGACGGAUCCGUAUUGAAGGCGGCUGAAACCAAGCCGCCUGCCAAGCGUGGCAUGGAUGAUGCUAUGCGUCGUAGCAUCUUUGGUUCAUCUGACGAAUCAGAUGAAUUAUCGCCGAAGCGAAGGCGCUCGAGGUCGCGAGACUCGGGCGCUAACAGUGGUGUCGGUUCUCCUAUGGACACCACUUCGCAACGAGGUGCCAGUCCUUCUGUCGGCACAUCGCAGGAAGAGCGGGACCGCAAUGUGUUGCGUCUCGCUCCUGAGAAGAAGGCAUGGAUGCCUCCUAAAUCUGUCAUGGAUCACUUGUCGGCGACGAUAAGUGACCGCUAUCGAACAUAA